AUGGAUACACCUGCAAAUACUUACAGAUGUGGACGGUCCUUCUAUCAGACUAAUAACUUCAACAACCAUUUGCGUUCCUACGAGGUCGUUAAGAGCCGGGUGUCGAGAGGUCUUACAAAGGCCAAAGAGCUUUGGGAAGCCCGGAAGAAGCAGCGUAACCAGAAGGCAGCUGCCGAAGACCGGGAUUGGGCCCCCCUGCAUGACGGCCUUCAAACAUCCUUGGGUAUGGCGGAAUCGAGCAGGAACUCAGCCUUGCACGUCGUAGGCCACGACGCCGCAGUAUCUGAGGCUGAGGGUGUUGCGUCAAGUUCUGACCUGCCUAUUGCGCUGAGAAAGGGUAUACGCAAAGAUAUCCCCCAGCCAGCACGCUAUCGCGAUAUCUUGCCUUGCCCACCCCCUCCCUGCCGCCCCAAGACCUUAGAAAACCCCUGGACCACAGUCUUCUGUUGGGGGCAAGAGCCAGACAAAGCGUCGCUUCUGAAUCGCCAGAAACUCUUUUGGCCUUAUACUUCCUUUCUUCUUGGUGACUGGUAUUGGAACGAUGGAACGCAGAAAACUCAGACCGGUUUCCAAAACCUUGUCCGUAUUAUCGCAGACCCUGAGUUCGUUCCGGCUGAUGUACUUCGCAACAAAUGGGAUCGCAUCAAUGCGGCGGAUGCUGCCGAUGAAGGGUGGACUGUGUUGCAGAUCAAGAUCACUGUGCCAUUUCACGCGGGGUCAACGCACCCCGGUCCAAAAGUGUACGAAGGUGUUCACUUAUAUCACCGCUCGCUCGUUAUGGUGAUGAAGGAGAGAGUUUCUGACCCCCAUUACUUCUGCCACUUCCAUGUUGAGCCGUACAGGCUCCUGUGGCAGCAGCUAGCGGGAAUCGUGAAUGCUAUCCAAAUUGGUACGGCGACGCCAGACUACGCUCCGCAAAGGUUCGACUUCUUGUGGGUCAGAUGGUUCAGCAAAGUCACAGCUGGAAGCUGGAAAAAGCACAGACUUGAAUGCAUCUCGUUUCCACCGAUGGCGAAUGACUGUUCAUUUGGGUUCCUAGAUCCUAACGACGUUGUUCGGGCGUGCCACAUCGUUCCAGCAUUUUCUUCUGGGGCACGGCAUCCCGGCAGCCAGGGUCUCUCGCUUUGUGCCCGCGAUUCUGCUGACUUUUGUCAAUAUUACGUCGGCCGUUUUGUAGACCGAGAUAUGCUCAUGCGCUACCACGUUGGCCUAGGAAUCGGUCAUGUCGGCGUCGGCAAUAUCCUCCAUUCACAUGUCGCCGGGAACAAUGAUGCCGCCGAACUUAGCUCUGGUGACUUGCAAGGUAAUAUCAUGGACAUUGACCCCCAACAUCAAGAGAUUGUGUUUCGCCGUUCAAAGUCGCGCGACAAUCUUUCAGGUCAAGAGCUUUUUGACCAGCCACUUCAUGAUCAUAACGAGUCUUCAACUGAAGACGACGAUGAUCUUGAUGAGUCUGGAUCAGAGGAUCAUGAUGACACGCCUCAAGCUGAGGACUCAGACCCUGGUUCAGAAUCUCUAGGCUCUGAAUCAGAGUAUGAUGACUAG